AUGGAGCAACCACCAUGUACCGAAGAUGACUAUACCACUGCCUCGCCUGAAUCCUCCACCACCGUCAAGACCGACCCGAAACACGGUCCGAAGGGCAGCGGAAGUCGGCAUCCCGUGUACCGGGGCGUUCGGAAGAGGCGGUGGGGAAAAUGGGUGUCGGAGAUUCGAGAGCCGCGCAAGAAGUCACGCAUUUGGCUCGGCUCGUUUCCCGUGCCGGAAAUGGCCGCCAAAGCCUAUGACGUGGCUGCGUUCUGCUUACGAGGAAGCAAAGCGCAGCUGAACUUCCCCGACGAAGUGGAUGAUUUACCCGUACCGUCGACGUGCACGGCUCGGGAUAUUCAAGCCGCGGCCGCGAAGGCAGCGCAUUCGGCCGCUUCGUCGAAGAAAAUUCAAGAAGAAUCGUCCGAAGACGGCAAGACACGCGGCGGGGACGAUUUCUGGGGCGAGAUAGAACUGCCGGAGUUGACGAACAGCGAUUGGCAAUGGAAUUCUUGUGGGUGGACGACGUUCGCCGGCGAAUCGUCGUGGCUAGAUGGAGAAGCUCAGCCACAGCAACACUUCUUGACAUGUCUGUAAUGAAACGAAAACUCCAUUAAUGUUUCACCAACUUCUCGUCUACGCUGUUUAUGAACGUAUUUGGCAUUAUACUAUAUAGAUGGUUUAGGUUUUGUGGUUAUGAUGGCAAGUCUACUUGGCAAGGUAA